AUGGUUGUUUGUCUCAUGCGAAUCUCUUCGAAAUCUCGCAAAAUAAUCGCGAUUUUCGACGCGGUUCUGAUCGUCACUUUGAUUUUUCUCGAAACGUUUCUAGUAUUGCUCAAAAUCGAUAAGAUUUGUGAGUUUCACAGGUGAGCAGCUCUCCAGAAUCCGAAUCCACGAUAUCGUUUGCAGUCUCGGAGUCUAUUCCUAUCUGUGGGAGCACGAUUCUCUGUUCCUUUGCUCCGGAUUCAUCGUCGGCGGGCUCUUGCUCUUUUCCGUUUCCUUGCUCGUUUUCGUGUUCGACGUGGCGGUUUCGCAGGAGAAUGAGGAGUUCCACGUGGAAAUGAGCGACUACUCGGUGAGUCUUCGGGUCUCGCCACGAAUACCGUCGCUUCCAGUCGUCCAUCUACCUUCUGCUCGUCUCUUUCGUUCUCUGCGUGCUCAGUUUCGCCCUUUCGCUCCGUCUCUCCACCGAGUUUGACCAUAAAAUGACCAGUCUUUUGAUGAGGGUGGGUGAACGCAAAAAACUGUGUCAUUCAUAACAUGCUUGUGUGCAAACAGAGUUAUUUGAACUAUGAAAGGUCGAAGGAAAGUCAGACGCUCGUCGAUCGAAUACAUGUUGGUCAGAAGACAUGACAAUGAAUGUAUCAUCAAACGUUCAGAUGGAAUACUCUUGCUGCGGGGUCAAUUCGAUCGAGGAUCUCGUCGAUUUGUCAGAAGUGGACGAAAAGCUGCCGCCGCAGACGAGACUGUGGUCUUGCAACGAAUGGGAGUACUGUAGUGUCCCGUUGAGCUGCUGCAAAUCGACGUCGUGCUCCCAGAAAGUGGAAUUUCUGGUGGAUGGAUGGGAUCCGGUGAAAAUAAUGGAGAAGUGGUUCAAUAAGAGAGGUGCUCAAGAGAAGAGCUGGAUAGUUUUGAACGUUCAACAAUUUCAGGUUGUGUCAAAGAGAUGGACCGCGCAUUUUUCUCCUUCGGAUUCUCUGAACAGAACGUCAACGACUUUCUGAUGAUUCUCAUUCUGGGAUUCCAUUUGUGCGGGCUCAUUCUUACGCAGAUUCUCGUCACUGCAAGUGCCACGUUGCACGGAGCUCGUCUGGAACUGUCGGAAUACUCGUACGCGUGGCUUCUGGAUGUUGGACAACCUGAUCCGAAAAAACUUCUGAAGGUUUUGUCAAGACUCCACGACUCACGAUUUCCAUUUGUUCUGAAUUCAGACUUUGAAUCCUGAACUUCUGCAGUCAGAGUCUUCUAGUCAGCCCAAAGAAGAAGAAGAAGAGGGCGAGGUGCAGCCUCCAGAAGUGGAAGUUCCAGGAGGACCAUCGGACGUCGAGUUUGUGACUAACGGAGAAACGGCAAGUAGCAAGGCAUCAGACGGAACUACCUCCACUGGGAAAGAGGAAAAUGGGACAGCUACCACGUCUGCGUCGGCUUCUUCCACUAAAAUCGUCGGCAAUAUUUCCGCAGCGCCGUCUGAAGAAAUGAUUGUGAUUGACGCGGAUAAUCUGUUGAGAAAUCAGGUCGCCGCACCUGGAAGUUCUGGAAAACAGUCGAAUUCGGAUGAAAGGUAGCGAAGAAACCGUCCAAAAGCCGGCAAAAGCUCCAGCGGCACGAAAGCCAUCGAAAAAACCUACUGCGAAAAGAUCGAAACCGAAAGGCAAAUCGAAAGGGACGAAGACGAAACCGAAGAAGAGCACUGCCAAGAAGAGUGCUCCGAAAAAGAAACCUGUUUCAAGACCCAAGAAAAAAAAAUAAAUUUUCGUUAUUAACUUUUUUUCAAUUUGUUCAAGCAAUUCGCUUUUAUCCAAACUUUUCAAUAUGCGCAAAAUUACAGUAAUUUGCUAUUUUCGUGCCAAGACCCAGCGCAAAUCUGCAUGCUCCUUUAAAUCGGCAGUUGACGAAUUCCAGAUUUUCAAAUCGACUUUUCUAGGGAUUCUAGAUUUUUUCGUUUUCGAACGCGUUUUUUUGCUAUGAAUAUAACAAUUAAACAUAAAUAUUCUAAUACUUUCAGGUUCUUGCCGUCUAUUCGGUUCGAGGGGCAGUAGUGCAGAUCGAUGGUCGGUCCGCCCUUUUACAGAUUUCAAAACGAACGGAUUGGGAGUUCAACUAUUGGCAGAAGCGAUGAAUCUGUAUCUCAAGAGGUGAAAAAAGCCAGAAUCAGAAUGAAAAAAUGAGAUUCUAGUGUUGCAGGUGUUUCCAGAGAGCGAGCGCUGGUGGCCGGCGUCUAACACCCCAGAAGAAUGGAUACUGCCUUUGGAGAAAACGCUAAAAUGUUCUGAAACUCCGAAAAUAUCAAAGAACAACUGGCGAACCUUUGAGAGAGAAGCAUUUCGGAACGAAAAAGUAACGCAGGAAACAGUAAAUCCAGGUGAGUAGGUUAUUUUCUGAAUUAAGAAUAGAAAAUGGUUAUUGCAGAAGAGAUGUGCGAAAUAUCGAUCACUUCGAGAAAGGUUUACUAUUCGGAAACUGCGAACAUGAAGAUUGGAAGCGGAACACUCGUAAAACAGUUUUUUGUUCCCACCUCCGGGCCCACACUCAAGCUGUACAUCAAUUGCAGCGUUGGUAAGUUGAGUUUAUUGGAGCCAGCUCUAACAAUUGAGUCACAGCGGAUACGGAAAAGUUCGAGGGCAUGAGAAAGUACUGCAAGGAAGCGCUGCUGAAUGAGCCGGACGCAGCCAGCCGAUGUGAGCUGUUCCCCUCACAAAUCCUGGUAUUUAAAUGAUGGUUUCAGCAGCAACAGGAGGCAAGUGUAGCCUUCUGACGAAGACCGUUACACAAACUGGCGAAAUGACGAUGGAUGGUCGGUACGAAGUGCUCACUGUGCAGAGAUAUACAUUCUCGAAGAACGCCAGAGUGACAUUCUACGUGUCCGCUGGUUCGUUUUGCACAAAAUGUAAACAAAGUGUGGUAUUUGUUUAUCAUUUAAGGUUACGAGGUCAUUGAGCCGUCGGAUGUCUUCUAA